UAGCAAACAGCGUACAGCAUGUAGCCGGAGAGUUGGACUCAUCAGCAGCCAAAUCUCCACUUUUAGCUAUUUUUUAACUGUUUCCUACAACUUAAGAAUUUUUUUUUUACGCCAGAGAAGCAACUAUUUACCAGAGGGAUGGGAGUCCCGGCGUUUUUCCGUUGGCUAAGCCGGAAAUAUCCGUCUAUCAUUGUGCAUUGUGUCGAGGAGAAGGGGAAAGAGUGUAAUGGAGUUCGUAUUCCUGUCGACACGACGAAGCCAAACCCCAACGAGGUCGAGUUUGACAACUUGUACCUGGACAUGAACGGGAUUAUUCACCCCUGCACACAUCCAGAAGACAAACCUGCCCCCAAAAACGAGGAUGAGAUGAUGGUGGCCAUUUUCGAGUACAUCGACCGGCUGUUUAACAUCGUGCGGCCCAGGAGAGUCCUGUACAUGGCCAUCGACGGAGUGGCUCCUCGCGCCAAGAUGAACCAGCAGCGCUCACGACGGUUUCGAGCCUCCAAGGAAGGAGUCGAGCUGACGGAGGAGAAGAACCGAAUGAGGGAGGAGAUCAUCCAGAGAGGAGGUUAUCUCCCACCUGACGAGAUCAAAGAGAGGUUUGACAGUAACUGCAUCACCCCGGGAACAGAGUUCAUGGACAACUUGGCCCGAUGCCUCCGCUACUACGUGUCAGAGCGACUCAGCAACGAUCCAGGAUGGAAGAACGUUGUGGUCUUCUUGUCUGACGCCAGCGUCCCAGGAGAAGGCGAACACAAGAUCAUGGACUUCAUCCGGAGACAGAGAGCUCAGCCCAACCACGACCCCAACACCCACCACUGUCUGUGUGGAGCCGACGCCGACCUGAUCAUGUUGGGCCUGGCCACGCACGAGCCAAACUUCACCAUCAUCAGGGAGGAGUUCAAGCCCAACAAGCCCCGGCCCUGCGCCCUCUGUGGACAGAUGGGCCACGACAUCAAGGACUGUCAGGGGGUGGCCCGGGAGAAGCAGGGCCAGCACGAUGAGUUUGCCGACUCGGUGCCGGUGUCUGAGCAGGAGUUCAUCUUCAUCAGACUGUGUGUUCUGCGGGAGUACCUGUCCAGAGAGCUGACCAUGGCCAGUCUGCCGUUCCCCUUUGACUUUGAGAGGAGCGUGGACGACUGGGUCUUCAUGUGCUUCUUCGUGGGGAACGACUUCCUGCCUCAUCUUCCCUCCUUAGAAAUCAGAGAGGGAGCCAUCGAUCGACUGGUCCGCAUCUACAAAGACGUCGUCCACAAAACCGGGGGCUACCUGACGGAGAACGGCUACGUGAACCUGGAGCGGGUGGAGAUGAUCAUGCAGGCGGUGGGCGUGGCCGAGGACAACAUCUUCAAGAAACGCAAAGAGGACGACGAAAACUUCAAGAGGAGAAAUAAGGAGAAACGGAAGAGGAUGAAGGCGGAGCAGCAGGGUCCGGCCUACCUCACCACGGGCCAGUUCGCCCCUCAGGCUCUGGGACGCAGGGACAGACCAGAACCGGUCCAGAACGCCCGGCACCAGGCCUUCGACAUGAGGAUGCAGCACAACAAGGAUGCAGCUCAGUCACUAAAGGCCAUGAUGAGGAACGGAGGAAACUCGUCUGCAGGACCCAGCGACGGCUCAGACGGCAGAGGGACGAAGAGGAAGGCCGAGGACAGCGACAGUGAACCAGAGCCCGAAGACAACGUCAGGCUGUGGGAGGACGGCUGGAAGCAGAGAUACUACAAGACCAAGUUCGACGUGGACGUGACGGACGAGGGCUUCAGGAAGAAGGUGGUGCGGUCGUACGUGGAGGGUCUGUGCUGGGUGCUGCGCUACUACUACCAGGGCUGCGCCUCCUGGAAGUGGUACUUCCCGUUCCACUACGCGCCCUUCGCCUCCGACUUCAAAGACAUCAAAGACAUGUUCACAGACUUCGAGAAGGACACGAAACCGUUCAAGCCUCUGGAGCAGCUGAUGGGAGUUUUUCCUGCCGCCAGCGGGAACUUCCUGCCCCCGACCUGGAGGAACCUGAUGAGCAGCCCGGAAUCCUCCAUCAUCGAUUUCUACCCCGACGACUUCGCUAUCGAUCUCAACGGCAAGAAAUACGCCUGGCAGGGCGUGGCCUUGCUGCCUUUCGUGGAUGAGCGUCGGUUGAGGGCGGCGCUGGAAGAAGUCUACCCCGACCUCACGCCUGAGGAAGUGAAAAGAAACAGUCUGGGCAGCGACGUCCUGUUCCUGGGGAAGUCUCACCCUCUCUCCGACUUCAUCCUCGAACUCUACCGCUCAGAAUCUCACGAGGGCACUGAGAUCCCUGCAGAGCUGUGCCAUGGAAUCCAAGGUACAUUAAAUCUUGAUGACGACCCUAUUCUACCAGAUAAGACGGUGAAGUCGCCCAUUCCCACGCUGCGUGACAUCGCACAGAACGGCGCCGUGGGAGUGAAGUUCACAGAUCCUGUUUACGCGGACGGUUUUGUGUUUAAGGCGGUCCUCCUGUCCGGAGCAAAGAUGCCCAAUAAGGUGUUGAAGCCGGAGGACUGGGAGAGAGGGAACCGUCAGCCCUGGAGGCCUCAGCUGGGCUUCAACCCCAACAGGUCCCAGGUCCACCUGGACCAGUCCGGCUUCAGGGCUCUGGGUCACAGCAUGAACAGAAACCAACAUGGAGGAGGACAGUACAGCAGCACCCCCCCACCAGGAAACUACCACCAGGGAAACUACCGUCCUCCGCGCAGCAGCCACCAGCCGUUCCAACAUUCCAGGCCCAACAGUUUCCAGUCCGGGCCUCCGUCCUUCCACCAGCCACAGUUUCCCAGGCAGCAGCAGUCAUACGGAGCAGGAGGAGGAGCAGGAGGAGGAGGUGGGGGAGGAAGAGGAGGUCACGGCUGGGACCGGGCCAUGCAGAGCCAGCAGUCAGCCUACCAGGUGAACAUGAACCGGGGACCUGGACCAGGACCUGGACCUGGACCCGGACCCGGCGGCUACCAGCAGCGCUACGAUCAACGCAGAGACCACCGAGGCCAGCAGCACCAGAGCUACGGGUCCGGGGGGGGCCGCGGGUACCCCCCUCCCCCUCCCUCCAGGAGGUACAACUGGAACUAGAGCCACUCCAGGUCAAAGCACAGGACUCUGGGUUUUAUGGGUUUUAGGGGGAAACGUGUCGUGACGCGACUCUUCAUCCUUUUUUUGUCGACUCGUCUUCUUCUCUUUUUGUUGACGUGUGAUUUUUACCACGAGCGUUCGUUGUGUUUCUUUUUGAGAGGAGUCUCCAAACUGGUUCAUGUCUUUAAGGAAAACACAAUGAAAUAAAAGAUUAGACGUUGA